GAGUAAGUGCCUGUAUGCAUGAGUCUGACAUUGGUUUAAACCUUAUGACACUGUUAACUACUGCUCUUACUGUAUACUGUAGGAACAAAAAUCUGUACAUAUCCUAUUCUGUAAAACAUAAUGUAAUUUACAGUCAACUAUCUAACCUUGAUCAAAAUCCUUACCAGUUCUAGACUCAUGUUCAUGUCCAGCAAAGUGUUGCAUGUCAUGACAGCAAGAUGAUUCUCAAAACUUCGUACAGCAUCCACAGGGAUAAAGAGUUGUCAGCAUAGCAUAAAAAGUAUUCAAAUCCAAUAUCGGUCGCCUCUUUAAAAAUAUUGUGUCGGGUUUACCAGCUCAGUGGCAUAUGUAUUUUCCAGUCUCGGCUGUCUCUUUAAGACAACGAUAGCUUUGUGUCUGAUUAAUUCAAUGUAACGAGAGAUGCAUUGGAGAAACCUAUUUUCUGCUGUUACUGUGGAUGUACCAGCUACAGAGAGAGUGUGAAACCUGGACAUUUCUUUCCCAAUUGGUCAUUAUCAUCGGAUAGUCCAAUUGGCAGUUAUCAUAUAAUAAAGUUAUAACGUGAUACCGUUAUUAUAGGCCACGGAUGUGGAGAUAAAAAAAUAUGGAUUUAAAUUAGCUGGAAAUUAAGUCUCCAUAAUUUCAUAAUUUUUCCGUGAGAGGAUUUACCAAAAGUCGUAUUGGAGAAAUAAGAAUAUUUACAUUAAAUUGUUUGGAGGGGAGUUUUAUUCUGACUGCACGAAAUGUCGGAAAAACAAGGAGGUUACCAAGGUCUGGAGGACUGCAAUCGCCAGGCCAUGUCCCAACCCAUGCAGCAAAUGCAGCCCCCUCCAUACCUCCCCUCCCAGGACCCUAACAUGGGCCAACAACACUCCAACAUGCAACACUCCAACAUGCAGCACCCCAACAUGACCCCUCCGCCCGGCUGUGGCCCCCAGCCCAACUACCCCCCUCCACCCCCGCCCCCUGGCUCCGAUGGCUACCAGGAGACCCAGUUCCACAAUGGCUCCAACGGACACUCAGGCGCCCCACAGGGCUACACAGUCCAGACCCAGGGCCCGGGAGGGGGGGUCCCACACGCCCCUGUGGGGUAUUUUCAACCAGGAUACCCUCUCCAGCUGCAGCCCUGCACAGCCUAUGUUCCUGUCUACCCCAUGGCGUCGGGACAGCCCUACCAGGGGAUGCCCCAGGGCCAGAUGGGCAUGCAGAUGCCCCAUGGCAUCGCCCUGAUGGAGCCCCGGCGCCAGCCUCACGACUACCUGCCCAUCGCUGUGUUCACCACCGUCUGCUGCUUCUGGCCCACAGGAAUCAUAGCCAUCAUCAAGGCAGUACAGGUGCGUACGGCGGUGGCCAGGGGGGACAUGGUGACGGCAGAGAUAGCUUCCCGCGAGGCGCGUAACUUCUCCUUCAUCAGCCUGGCGGUGGGCAUUGCCUCCAUCGUCCUGUGUACCAUCCUCACCGUGGUAGUCAUCAUCGCCUCCCAACACCAUGACGAUGACUGGGAACCCUAAUACAUAACGCAGAGUGGCAUCAUGGGAUAUGUCGUUUUGGGUGGAGAUUGAAGAAUAAGGGCACUGAAAUUCAAUCUCUGAAACUGGUAUGUUAUAUUGGGGGAUAUAUAUAUGUGUAUAUGUGUGUAUGUAUAUAUAUAUAUGUGUGUGUAUAUAUAUAUA